AUGAUAUCAAUGGUAUUGUUUGGCCAUACGACUUGCAGGUAUUAUCACAACAUUACUUCGAACACCUUGACGGUCUUGAAGUCGAUGGCUGCUCACAGUGUUCCGACUUUGAUAUAAUCUAGUACAUGUGCGACGUACGGCGAGCCUGAAAAGAUGCCUAUCACUGAAGAAACCCCACAGGUUCCAAUCAAUCAAUAUGGAAAAGCUAAGAAGAUGGCAGAGGAUAUGAUUAUGGAUUUCUCUAAGAAUUCAGACAUGGCAAUUAUGAUCCUAAGAUACUUCAAUGUGAUUGGAUCGGAUCCGGAAAGAAGAUUAGGCGAAGCUCCAAGACUCGAGUUGCGUGACCAAGGAAGAAUUUCGGGUGCUUGUUUCGAUGCAGCUCGUGACAUCAUUCCUGGUAUCAAAGUAAGCUAUUCCUUUCUCCCCCUUCACUUUACUCAUCGUCUUAAGUGCUCUCUUAUUAAACCCUGGUGCAUAUCUCUACAGGUGAAGGGAACAGACUACAAAACACACGACGGAACUUGCAUACGUGAUUACAUCGAUGUUACAGACCUGGUUGACGCUCACAUUAAAGCUCUUCAACACGCAAAGCCUCGUAAUGUAGGAAUCUACAACGUCGGCACGGGAAAAGGAAGAUCAGUGAAGGAGUUUGUAGAGGCAUGUAAGAAAGCCAUGAGAGCUGAUAUAAAAGUUGAUUAUAUUCCCCGUCGACCUGGAGAUUACGCAGAAGUGUUCAGUGAUCCGUCUAAGAUCAGGCAAUAACUGAACUAGACAGCU